AUGGUUCGCCUUUCCACUCCUCUCGUCCUGGCCUCGCUGUCAGCGGCUGUCUUCGCUGCCCAAUCUUGCAGUUCCAGCAAGCAGUGCACCGACGAGAAAUACCCCUGCUGCUCCCAAUAUGGUGAGUGCGGUACUGGCGCUUACUGCCUCGGAGGUUGCGACCCUCUCGCUUCUUUCUCUCUCGACUCUUGCGCCCCUAUGCCCAUGUGCCGGAGCAAGACCUACAACUGGGACAACCUCGACAACUCCAUCACCCAGGACAAGUACCUCGGUAACUCUAGCUCCGCCGAUUGGACCUACAGCGGAAAGGUCAAGACCGAGGAUGGCAACCUGAUCAUGACCAUGCCCGCUAAGAGCGUCGGUGUUCUUUUCGCCAACAACCACUACAUCUGGUACGGCAAGGUUUCCGGCAAGAUCAAGAGCUCCCGCGGCAAGGGUGUCGUCACUGCUUUCAUUCUUUUGUCCGAUGUUAAGGACGAGAUCGACUACGAGUUUGUCGGUGCCGACUUGACCGCCGUUCAGACUAACUACUACUGGCAGGGUGUGCUCGACUGGCGCAACGGUGGUAACAUCUCCGUCGAAGGCGAGGAUACCUACAGCGACUGGCACACUUACGAGAUCGACUGGACCCCCGAGAAGGUUGAUUGGAUUGUCGACGGCGCCGUCCAGCGCACUCUCAAGAAGGCCGAUACCUACAACGCUACCUCCAAGCAGUACCAGUUCCCCCAGACUCCUUCCCGUCUGCAGAUGUCGCUCUGGCCCGCCGGCCAGCCCAGCAACGCCCAGGGCACAAUCGACUGGGCCGGUGGUGUCAUUGACUGGAACAGCGAGGACAUCCAGAAGUACGGCUACGACUUCGCUACCGUCGGCGAGAAGUCUGGCGACAACUCGUACAUCUACACCAACUCCAAGGCCAUGGAGAGUGAUAUCGAGAUCUCCAACAAGACCACCGUUUUGGGCUCCCUCGGCGCCACUGGUCUUGACAUGGAUCUCGGUGCCGACAAGGGCGACUCUACCAGCACCGGCGGUUCGUCCACUGGCACCGCCUUCAGCGGCAUCCCUACCGGCAAGGGUGGUUCCGGUGUCAUCCCCGGCAACAACGGCAGCGGCCACUCCUCCGACGACUCCAGCUCCGGCUCUGACUCUGGCACUUCCACCACCAACCCCGGCGAGACAUCCACCACUGGCUUUUCCCAGCCAUCCCCCAGCGAGGGCGGUGCAGCCGGUAAGAACGAGCGUGUCCUCCGUGGCUCGCUCUUCGGUGUUCUGGUGGCUAUUGUGGUCCUUGUGACGCUGUAA